AAAAUAUUCAAGGGCCCAUGUCGUGUUUGAGCCAUAUGCAUGUGGCGUGCCACUGUUCCCAUUUUCACUAUUACUAUCAUAUUACGAAAAUGGUCCAAACUAUGAACACCGUGUCCCAAGCAUCAUCCAAGCAGGUAGACAGGGAUUUGAUUUGUGAUACAAAUUACUGUUUUUUUAGCUCGUCAGGGUGCAUUUGACUCCAAUCUGAGCGUUUCGGUGCUCAUGAUACCCGGGCAUGGUCGGCGCCACAUGCGCCGUGGUUUGUCACGGAGGGAUUGAUGGGCACAUACAGUGUCCACUCCCGUGAAGUGGAAAAUAUUAAAGGAUGAAGGGUGUAGUGUCAGGAGAGCUAGUAACUGAUUAUUUCCGCCUUGCCGGGUUUCAGUUGAUAUUUUCACGCCGAAGUAAGACAAAACCGAGAUGAGGGUAGCUUGAUUUUUAGUGAGUCUUGGAGUUUAAAUGCCGUGUGAGACUACAAAUUCUCGAGGAAAUCCUGGGAUUCAACCCAGGGCCAAGGCUCUGGCGCAGCCAUGGGGUGACGGGUCGGAGGCGUCAAAGACGGAGGCAAUGAGUGAAGCGGUCAGAACGAUGAGUCAUGUGCGGCAUCCGUUGGUCAGCUUUGGUCGCGUGAUUGCCAUCACGAAAAACUCGAACAAAGUGAAAUCUGGACCCUGUAUCCUUCCUGUGCAGACGCACGUCAGCGACGUCAAAGAGAAUUGCUCUUGAUCUCGCGGGUCCGCGAUUUGACGGUCCCUGAGAUUCGCGAACAGUAGGAUGGCGGUGGUGCCAGCUGUUUGCUCGAUGUGUGUCUGACCUGAUAAGUGAUCCAACCUUUUGAAUUGAUUUCCUGAAUCCAGGCAAUGCACACGGAUUCCACACCAGCCGUGACACGCCCAGUAAAUCUCUGGACCUUUAAGUAGUCUCCCGCUCCGUGAAAGGCACCAACUUUCUUCGCCCUCCUAAAGAUGGUCAACCCAUCACUGGACCAAGUAGCUCUCAUUUCGAUGGUGACGGAAUCCUUUCUUUUCGGGGUCCUUACCACCAUGUACGCGGCGAUCCUGCGAUCGUUCCUUGGCAGAAAGGCGUCCAAGAACAUACAUCGCGGUACUAGGGUACUGCCUACAGUCUCAGUCAUCUGGAGCCUCGCGUUCGCUCACUGGAUAAUCGAUAUCAGCCGAGUCCAGAUCGCUUUCCUCGGGUCGCAUCCCAGCGAUCCCGUUGCAUAUCUGUCGGACUUCUCGACGUUGAUCGACGCGGCCAAGUCUGUCAUCAACGUGACAGUCACUUUGCUCGCAGACUGGUUUAUGAUAUACCGCUGUUGGGUGAUCGGGGAGAGGUCAUAUCUCAUCAUCGCCAUCCCUGCGCUCCUGUGGCUGUCAGCAGGGGUCGCUGGUUCGGGCCUGACGUAUCUUCUGUUCAAACUGCACACAGACUACAUGGCUCUUCUCGAGGUCGCCGGGCCAUGGAUCAUCACUUACCUCUCUGCAACACUGGCGACCAACUUGUUUUGCACACUGUUCGUUGCAUAUCGCAUUCUUCGCUCUCUUCUUGCCGUAAGGACGUCUCAGCGGCUGCACAGUCGAGCACUCGGUGCGGUGAUCGUCUUCCUCGAGUCAGCCGCCCUGUAUUCGGCGAUUUUGGUAGCUAUGUUGGUUACUUUUCUGCUGGACUACAAUGGCCAGUUUGUUCUUGUGGAUUGUAUGUGUGCUUUGAUAGGAAUUACAUUCAGCAUGAUCAUUCUACCUAUCCUGAGCCCCUUGCAGUCGCAGUCAACCGGGUUGAUAUCCACGCGGGUCACACCGCGGAUUACCCUUGAGGGUCCGAGUAUCACUGGGUCGAGAUUGGUGGAAGUGGUUUCUGAUAAUGAUUUCGAGAUGAAGUCUCUUCCACCAUCCAAACAUACCAGUGUUGUUUAAGCCGUAAUCUAUUAUGGGUCUUGGGACGUUCCUUCGAAUAUCUAUUGCAUUACUUGAACUGCACGUCGAUAAGGGAUGCACGUGAUCGUUUCACUCGACCCAUUUCGGGUCUGCACACAUUCUCGAGCCUAGAUUUCAAUGCUCCAGCUUUCCUGCUCGAUGUAGA